AUGGCCGAGUCUGGCGGCUCGAUCAUGAAUGGCAACGGCCACAUGAACGGCAAGACGAAUGGAAAGCCUAUCGCUGGCCGCAGAAGACCAAUUAAGCAGAGAAGAAGCAUUUUGGCAUGGACUUUCAAUGUCGUAGCUAGACUCGCGACAUGGGCUGCUAUCCUCACUGUCCUCUUCCGAUGCCCCUCAUCACUUGAGGAGUGCGACGAGACCUCUCCCUCAAUCUGCAAACCAUAUUUCCAGCUUAAGAACACCGUGCAACCUCAGGUGCAACCGUACUACGACCAUUACGCAGCACCCUACGUCGAGAUCGCCCGUCCUUACUACGAGACCGCCGAGAAGAAGGUCUGGCAGCCCACUCGUGCGUACGCUGUUCAGUACGGAGCUCCUUGGGUCGAGAAGGCCCGGGAGCACACUCUAGCUCAAUGGGAGAAGAACGGACAACCCCAGCUCGUCAAGUACCAGGCUCUUGCACGUACCCAUUAUGAUCAGUCUGUUGGCCCCUACGUCAACCAAGCUGGCGAGCAGCUAGGCCCAUACUACGAAAUCGCUCGUACCAACGGCCUGCAAGUCUACUACGAAUAUCUUCAGCCAGGUUAUGCCUACGUUCACCCUUACGCUGUUCGAGGUUACGACGCGGCUUCCGAUUUCACCAAGACCACUGCGCUUCCUACCGCUUACUGGACCUACAACAAGACCUACUCUUUCCUUGACAGCAAUGUCUGGCCUCACAUCCGCUCUGUCUAUGCCCAGAGCGUUGAGCCCCAGCUUGUUCGCAUUGGUGAGCGCUUAGGACGUUACAAGAACAAGUCCAAGUCUAUCCAGGAGAACUACUCUGCAAGCUAUGCCACUGGAACAACCGCUUCUUCCUUCCAGAAGCCUUCUCCCCAGAGCACCACAUCAGUCGCAUCUGUCGAGUCCGCUAAGUCUUCUGCAUCUUCCUCUCAGGCCCCUGUGGCCACAGAGAGCGCCAAGCCCGUAGUUGAAUCGGGUUCUCAGGAAUACAUCAACCCUGUGCAGGCUCCUCCUGCUGGUGAGAAUGAGAGCGAGACUCGCCGAAAGGCCCGCGAGAUGGUGGCCCAGGACCUGGAGACCUGGCAGACCAAGUUUGCUACACAAGCCGACGAGGGUGCCACUGACUUGGAAGAGCGCGUAGGCGAAAUCGCCAAGCGUGUGAUCGAGGAAAAGGUCAACACCAAGGGCAAGAAGCUCUUUGACGACCUUGAAUCCACAAUUGAUCAGGAACUUAAGAGUCUGCGAAGCAAGAUCUCUGCCCUUGCUGGAUCUCAGGGAGACAAUGUCGACGAGGAGAUCGUUUCUGCUGUCCGAACUUCUGGCAAGACCAUCAAGCAGAAGGCUCAAGCUAUUCGACAAUGGCGUCAACAAUAUGACCAGGAGCUCCAGGAAACUGUUGUCACAGUUGCCGACGUUCACUUCCAAGUUCUGGACGAGACUAGAAACCUCGCCCUGCAACAGAUUGGCAUGAGGUGGGCGUGGACUGACGGAAUCACCUACAAGGACUGGGCCAAGUACCAUGAGCUCAAGGCUACUCUGAACGAGUGGACUGAACAGCUCAAGCAGUUGAUUGUCACCCACCCGGCACUUCUCGAGGCUCAAGAUGCUGCCGCACGAGUCGAAGACGAGGGAAUGGAAAUUGCCUCUGUCGCCGCCAAGGAGCUGGCUCGUCUCAAGGAGGUUGCCCGUUGGAAGGUCACCGCCGGUGAUGCAUCCGACAACUUUGACAGCGAUGCCAUGAAGCUUGCCGCCGAGCAAGUCAUUGCAGCCAAGGAAGCUGACGAGCAGACCCCCGCACAGGAAGACAAUGCAGCCUCUAGCCUUUCGGAAGUUGUGGAAGAAGCUACAUCGGAAGCCGCCGAGGUUGUUGAGGAAAGCUGGGAAGACUUUUGGGGUUCAUUGAACUAUGAGCCCCCCGUUGAGGAGGCCACCGAAGCCGCCGAAUCCGCUGUCUCAAGCGCUUCGUCUAUUGUCGACGAACCUAACGUAAUCGAGGAGGCUACCGAAGCCGUAUCAGACAGCGCCAAAUCAGUCGCCAGCGACGCGUCCAGCCUUGUUAACCAGGGCGAGAAGAGCGCCAGCAGUGUCGCCAAAGAAGCUUCCGCAUCCAUUGAAUCGCUCUCUUCGACAGCGUCCGAGUCCGCCACCGCCGUCAGCGAGGAAGCAUCAAGCGAGCUCUCGCAAGUAGUUGAGUCAGCCACCAAAGCCCCAGAGUCAGAAGACAGCAGUAUGUCGACCCCCCUUGCCUCGGAAGCAUCAGAAGUGCUCAUCGGUGACCCCUUUUCGAUAGUCAGCAAUGGUAGUGAAGAGCCCCUUGUGCCUGGUGGUAAGGAGCCACUCGUCGAGAUUGAGGAGGACCCUGUGAUUCAUCGCGACGAGACUCCUCUGUCCGACCAGCACGAGAAAGUCAAGCCUGCCUUCCUCGGCGCCGCAGCCCAGGAGGUUCCUCACCGACAGAUUGUCCUCGACGAUUACGUGGAUACCGAUGCGAUCGCCAGCGCCACUGAUGCCGCCCAGUCUGUGUACUCGAACGCCGUUUCUCGUGCUUCUGAGCAAUACUCGAGCGCCCUCUCCGUCGUUUCCGCUCAGAUUUACGGAACCCCCAAGCCAGUCCAUGAGCAGCUUCUGUCCUCUGUCUCAAACUCUUACGACCAGGCAGUCUCUGCUGCUGGUGAUCAGCUGGACAAGGCCAAGUCCGCCGCUACAACUGCCGCUUCGCAGAUGCCUGCUACCACCACUGUCCCCGACUGGCUCAACUGGGAGCGCAUCGAGUCCAUUGCAUCUCAGCGACUGAACGAAGGCCGACUUUGGGCUGAGAUCCAGUACCAGAGUGCUCUCAUCGCUGCAGGAUACGCCACACCUACACCUUCCUCUGCCCCCGAGAAGUACUACGAGCAAGCCAAGGUCAACUACUACGCUGGCCUCGGUAUCGCCCAGGACCGUUACUCUAAAUUCCUGGCUGGUGCCUCAUCUGCUCUCUCAUCUAUGACUGCCACCCCUACUCCCACUGACCUUGCCGGAUCCGCCUCUUCUGCUGCCUCUGUGGCUCGUGAGUCCGCUGCUUCAGCUGCUCAAGCGGCUGCUGAUGCUGCUGGAUCCGCCUACUCCGCUGCUGAUGACACUGUCAAGUCAGUCGUUCAGGCUGUGGAUGACACCGUCAACUCUGUUGUCGAUGCAGCCAACGAGCAAAUUUCUAGCGCUGGUCUCCUCAUCGGUGAAUCUUGGAACAGCGUUGUUGACCAGAUCAGUGGCCAAGUUUAUGGUGAGCCUACACAGAUUGCCUGGUACGAGCAUGUUUGGGGUGACGCUGGCUCCGUCGCUUCCAAGGCUACUGGUGUUGCUGCCGACAAGGCAUCUGUUGCCUCUGAAGCCGCUGCUGCCUCCGCUAUUACUGCCUCUGCCGAGGCCAUGAAGCAGUACGAAGCUAUGAGUGGACUUGUCUCCGAGCUCAUCAGCGGCAAGGAGCCCGCUUUCACCGACAGCGUCAUGAACCGAUUCAAGGCAGCUUACGCUACCGCUGCCGCCAAUGCUGAGAGCCUCAGAAGCCAAGCUAAUGAAGCUGCCGCUUCUGCUGCCGACAAGGUUGGCAGCGCUGCCAGCGGCGCUACCGAAGCCGCCAAGGACAAGUUCCAGCGCAAGGAUGAGCUGUAA